AUUUCCUCCCUCCCUAAGACACCCUUCGAGCUACAAAAAUAAGCUGACUUCACCGCAAGAAACGUCGACUUAAAGGGUUUCCACUUUCCAAAUUCUUCUAUCCUGAUCAAUGAGGCCUGCUACCAGCGUCGAUUGAGUCAAUAAAUACUGAAAAGGGCUAGGCCCAGAUCCAACAGGGCUGGAUCCAUCAUGUUAUUGACAGCGAAAAGCCUGACAACAAUGGCGGGAAACAAGACGUUCUAAACAAAAAAAUAAAAUAAAUAAAUGAAUAUAAACCUCUCCGGCCUUGCCCAAAACUAUUUCUUUGGAAAAAUUUGUGCAGAAAAAACAGAGAGGAAAAAUGGAGAAAGUGGUACCGGAAGCAGAAGAGCUGCCGAAGGCUAUCGUGCGCCGGGUGGUGAAGGAAAAGCUUUCCGAUUGUUCCCCCGACUACGACAUUAACGUUCACAAAGACGCCCUCCUCGCUUUCACCGAAAGCGCUCGCAUUUUCAUCCACUACCUUUCCGCCACGGCAAAUGAUAUCUGCAAGGAAUCGAGGAGGCAAACGAUAAAUGCGGAGGAUGUGUUUAAAGCACUGGAAGAAAUUGAAUUCUCGGAAUUUGUUAAGCCUCUUAAGGCUUCCCUCGCUGAGUUCAGGAGGAAGAAUGCUGGGAAGAAGGGUGCAGCAACAAAGGAAAAAGAAGUGAAAAAGAAGAGGAAGGUGGAAGAGCCAUCUGGCAAGAGUGGAAGUAAAAGCAAACAAAAUAAAGGGGAGGAUGAUAAUGAAGAAGAAAGAGAAGAAGAAGAAGAAGGAAGAUAAUGGAAAUGAGUAAAGCAUGAACAGUGUAGUGAUUGGGUUAAACUCUUUGAUAUUUGUGUUCCUUGUCUGAGUUUAGUUAAAUUCAUGCUUCAGUUUGGAUUGGAAGUGGCAUUACGUUUGGCCAUUGCAAUUGCAAUUGCAAUUGAAAUACACACGAAUCCCAUUGAGGUUUUAGGUGUUUGAGGUAUCUGUCUGUCUGCUUUUGUUACAAUCAAACAAACCCAUUCCAAAUUAUAAUGCCAAACAGAGUUUUCUGGGA